UCUUCUGGAGUGAUCGAAUUUAGUGGAGCAGCUGUGAUUGUAGAGGCGUGACGGUUUUUGUUUUUGCCGACUUAGUAAUCGUAAAUGGUGCAUAUUGAUGAAGAAUAUUUUAUAAAAGAGGUGUCUAGUUCUGUGCCAUGUCUUUGGAGAGCACAUCAGACCUGGUUAACGAGAACACGUGUGUAACCUCCUCACUGAGCCUUGAUCUGCACUGCCCACACGGUGCUCUACUGGACACAGAGCUAGGCCUUAAAGGCAAAGCUAAAGGCUCAUCCACUUCUUCUUCUUCCAAGAGCCGCCAUAUCUACGCCAGCACCACCUCGUCACAGCUCCUCACCGGCAUCAUGGGUGGCCGGGACGAUGACGUGUCUCACCGUGAGGAAGAGAGGGCAAGGAAUCAAGAAAACGAGCAAGGUCAUUCCAUCUCUGGGAGCAAUGCCAAGUGGAUGAAGGAAGGUCAGAACCAGCUGCGCAAAGUCGCAGAGCAGCAGCAGGACCUCAACAGAAAUCCAGACCAGAAUCUAAACCUGACGGAAAACGAGAACGAGAGUCCAGACGUGAACCCAAACCAGAACCGCACGCUCGAGGAGCAAGAGCAUGAUGUGGAGAACAAUAAGAACCUGAAGGUCCUCUGCUCUGACAUAGACAUCAGGAAUGCUGCCAAUGAACCUCUACUGAUCGAUACCUCUGAGAUUCCCAAGAGUAAGGAGCAAGAGGAAGAGGAGGAAGAGGACGAUGAGGAAGAAAGCCUACCUGCCAGUGGUGGGGAGAAAGACACAGAUUCCUCUGAAGCACAGAGCAGCAGCGAGUCAAGGAAAAGCGGUGAAGGAGGGAGCAAGAACAGAUGUUUACUGUUCAGCAAGAAUGGUGCUCCCAGUGACGAAGACUCCAGCUGUAUGUCUCUGUCUCAGGGGAGUACGGCCACCAGCACUCCUGAUGGAGAUACAGAGUCUUACUGGGAUCGCAGUGCAUUUGAGACAGACACAGACCUGCCUGCCGGGUGGAUGCGGGUGCGGGACACUUCUGGCACCUACUAUUGGCACAUUCCAACAGGCACCACGCAGUGGGAGCCACCAUCUCCGAUGGAAGAGGGUGCGGUGCCAGAGAGACCAUCAAGCACCUCCCCUGCAAUUACACCCUCUGAGGAACCACAGAUUACAUGGACUGGUGUACCUCGUCAGAAUAGAUUCAAUGAUGACUUGUGGAAGGAGGAGGAUGUAACUUCUGAUCAGAGUCUAAAGGAAUUUGAAGGGGCUACUCUACGCUACGCUUCCAUCAAUCUCGGCUGCGCUCAGUCAGAGGGAGAAGAGAAACCAAGUUCAUACAGCACUGAUGGAGAGGCUAAGUGUUUUGCUGUGCGGUCUCUGGGCUGGGUGGAGAUAUCUGAGGAAGAGAUGGCACCUGGCAAGAGCAGCAUUGCCGUAAAUAACUGCAUCAGACAGCUCUCUUACCACAAACACAACCUGCACGACACAGCUGGCAUCUGGGGAGAGGGUAAGGACAUGCUCCUGGUGCUAGAGAAUGAGAUGCUAAAUCUGAUUGAUCCUCUGGGACAAACCCUUCUCCACUCGCAGCCUAUAGUCAGCAUCCGUGUGUGGGGCGUCGGCAGGGACAACGGCAGGGACUUUGCCUACGUGGCUCGAGACAAGCUAACCCAUGUUCUGAAGUGUCACGUGUUCCGGUGCGACACUCCUGCCAAGAACAUUGCCACCAGCAUGCAUGACAUCUGUUCUAAGAUUAUGGCCCAGAGGAAGUCUUCAAAAUCAAGUCUGAACAGACUGAACAUUGAUCCCUCCAAACUAGUGGACAUUCCGGUUCAGGAGUUCCCAGCACCAAAGAAUGAGCUGGUCCAGCGUUUCCAGGUGCGCUACCUUGGUAAUGUACCAGUGGCAAAACCAGUAGGUAUGGAUAUUGUUAAUUCUGCCUUGGAGAACGCACUUGCCUCAAGAGACAAAGCAGAUUGGAGUCCUGUGACUGUGAAUGUGGCCUCUGCUACUCUUACUAUUCUUAUUUCAGAUACUGAGGAGGUUCUGUCAGAGUGUCGCGUGCGCUUCCUGUCAUUCAUGGGCGUAGGGAAAGAUGUACAUACUUUUGCCUUCAUCAUGGCUGAAGGCCCUGGAGAUUUCAUCUGCCACAUGUUCUGGUGCGAGCCCAAUGCUGCCAGUCUGAGUGAGGCCGUGCAGGCUGCAUGCAUGCUGAGGUAUCAGAAGUGUCUGGAUGCCAGGCCCCCCAGCAGUAUCUCGUGUCUGCCUGGCCCUCCCGCGGACUCUGUCGCUCGCAGGGUGGGCUCCAGUGUUAAGAAGGGUGUGCAGAGCCUGCUGGGAACAUUCAAGAGAUCUGGAGCUCAGACACCGUGAGAAAACGAGUCCUCCCCACAGUGGCUCUCAUUUCUCCACCUCCCUCCUCACCCCAGUUUGUCCUCCACCUGUCAGCUGUAGAUCUCAAUCAAGCGUGGAACACACAUUUCAUUUCUCCUGGCCUCUUCAGAUGAGCUCAGGUUUCCCUGCAUUUCUGUGUCGUGAGUUGUAUGAAAGUACGAACAAGACAUGAUUUUAGAAACACAUGUAAUUGUUACACAAUAAUUACGCCAGCACUAUUUCACACUUUGGUCUAGAUAGAUAGUUUUGCAUCUCAUUACUGAUUCUUCAGCAACGUCUUUCUUGGGGUUUGAAAGCGAUUUGAGCAUAUGCAAUGUCUGUCUCCUUAAAAACUGGACCAAAUUGUCGUUAUCAAAAUGUACACAAAAUAAUGCGGAACGAUACGCUUUUUAAAAACACUAAAACUAGCACCAGUAACAUCACUACAGUUAAUGUAAUGCGCUGUAUGUACUGUAACACUGCUGUUGCAACAGGUUUUUAAAUCUUGAAAACAUGACUAUGUUUAAAUAGAAUGGAUGGAUGGAUCUAAAGUUGUGUGCAUAUUUUCCACUACAGAACACAUUGUGUGUUUAGGAUGCUUUCACACUAGACUUUUUUUUUUUUCUCCCUCCCCCCUCUUUUCUUCAACUGCAAACAUGUUUUGCACAUAAUCCUAUGGGAAGCAGCGACAAAAUGCACUGCUUUAAAAAAAAAAAAAAAUUGCCACAAGCGUUGUUUUUGGUCCCAGAAGAGCAUUUUCAAAGUAGAGUGACAUGAAACCACUCAACUACUCAGAUUGCAAGUUGAGGGGCAAAAGCGAGACAUCGCAACCACAGGGGGAAAACCUUGACAGAAAAAUGUCUGGUUUGUGAACAGAUAUAUGGAGAUUUACAUCAAAUCACUCACUGUUUUUGGGAUGCAAUGUGAUGUCCCAUUUUAACUGUGGCUGCAUGCAGUAAAGUCACACAAGUAGUUUCUCUUCUUGUGAAUUUUUUUGUUUUGUUUUGUGCAACCAACCUCCUCAUUCCUAUAAUUAAAGAUUAAGCUUUAUUUGAUCUUAUAUGCUGACAAUAAUCAAUCAAAUCUAAAUGGCAAGCUUGUCUAGUUAGUUAUCGUAGUUAUUAAAAGGACCGGUAAGAGUGUCAUGGUUGGUGUGCAGCCGGUUUUAUUAUUUUUUUUAAAUUCCCCUGUAACAGCACAAAAAGUCCACUAGCCAGUGAUUUUUUUUUUUUCCUGCAAAAAAGAAAAGUGUGAAAGCACCCUUAGCAUGUAGUGAAUCAUAACUGCAGAAGACCUAGACUAUAAAUCUACGCUGUAUAUGACACAACUGACCACAUGUAGAUGUGACCUUUUCAGUGCAUUUUAGGUUUAUUAUUUACACGUUCUGAUGGUUUUAUCUGACUGGAUUUAUUUAAGCAGAUUAUUUAUAUACUCUAAAAUAGCAUUACUGUAUCAUAGUCUUCCAAAAGGAACUGGCUCAGCGAAGAGCCCCUGGAUAUUUCACUAGUUUAAAUGGGCAUUAGUGAUGAUAGAUUUUUUUUUUUUUUGGUAGGAUUUUUAAAGGAUUUUAAGUUGUGUUCGUAGAAUAUUAUGUUUAAUUUCCCUGCUGGAUGGGAAUUCUGUUUUUUAGACAUGUGAGGUCUCACCACUGUGUGGUUUCUGUUUUUUUCCUUAAAAAAAUGAGUGACUCUAUCAUUUUUCUGAAUGUGUACAUGUCAGCCUUCACCGGGUUAGCGAGAUCUGAUCUGGAGCAGAAAUGAGAGAUGAUAACGCUUUAAUCAUGCAGUAUAGGUGUAGGUAUAGUGAUGUACAGGUAGAGGGCGCUCUGUGCUUUCCGUUGGUCUUGUACAAUAUUGUCAGGCUCAUUUCUCGAAUGGUUUCUUUGUGAGUCGUGUGUAUUUUAGAACAGAAAAAAAAAGAAUUUCUCAUAUACACUUGAAAGAACCAUGUGUCACUGAUUUGUCAUGCGUGUAUAUACAGGUUAUACACUGAUCUUUCUCCCCCUCUCAUGCACCUUUUGUAAUAUAAUUCACCAUGACUUGCCUCGUCGUUUGGUUCUAAAACCAGUAACAGCCAUUGACGAACAUCACAUCCUACGAUUACUCGCUGAAUGUUAUUGUGUAUAUAAACUAAUGUAGUAAUAGUAGCAGAAUGCACCCAUAUCCAGUAGCACAUUUCUCCGAAUACAAACAGGUUGUGUAAACUGUAGUUCACCCACAGAUGCUUUUUUUUUUUUUAUAUAAACUGUUCUGUUGGCUUGUGAAUAAGCCUUAGCUUUUAUCACAGCUGCUAAAGAAAGAAUGUUGUAUGAAAGGAAAUGGAGUUUUUUUUUUUUUUUUUUUUUUAAUAAACCAUAUCACGGUAGCUUGCACUGCAGUUGCUCGACGGAGUAAAAAUGUGUACGUGGUUGUCUCCGCGUUUCCUGAAUAAACUAAGGGACUGUAGACCUCGAUCACCUCGUGUCAUGGAGAUUGGUAACACCAUGGAAUAAGAUCUAUGUAUUGUACCUUGAAAAUAAAUGCUAGUUGUUUGUUUAAUCCAUUUUAGGAAAAUCUGCAUUUUAAAAACUUUUUUUUUUUUGUUUAAAUUUAACUGAAGAAUGAAUGAACGUGCCAAAGUGCACAAAGCCACCAUAACCAACCAGCCAGCCAACUUCAUACUUCUUGAUGCAUAAUAAAGCCAUCUGUGAGCGGGUUAUCUGGAUAGGUGUGUGCGCUCUGAUAGUGCAUUUUCUCAUGUGUAAUAUGCAAAUAUUAUUCAAGUGUUUAGUGUUUCUAGAAUGCAUUUAUGUUUAAUUCAGCAAGAGACCAUUUCUUUUAUUUUGUUAUUGCUUGUUUUGAAUUGCUUUCUUAUAAUGUAAAUUAGGUGUCAUGUACUGUAUAUACAUAUUAAUAUGAUGUCACUUGACAAAAUAAAAGUUACUGUCUGUCUCCUCA